CCCGCCCGCCCGCCAUGUCGCUGCACGGGAAGCGCAAAGAGAUCUACAAGUACGAGGCGCCCUGGACCGUCUACGCCAUGAACUGGAGCGUCCGGCCCGACAAGCGCUUCCGCCUGGCCCUCGGCAGCUUCGUCGAGGAGUACAACAACAAGGUCCAACUUGUUGGGCUAGAUGAAGAAAGCUCAGAGUUCAUUUGUAGGAAUACGUUUGAUCACCCAUAUCCUACUACCAAGCUAAUGUGGAUCCCAGAUACCAAGGGGGUUUAUCCAGAUCUUUUGGCGACCAGUGGGGACUACCUGCGUGUAUGGAGAGUGGGUGAAACAGAGACCAGACUUGAGUGUUUGCUGAACAACAACAAGAAUUCUGACUUCUGUGCACCACUAACGUCCUUUGAUUGGAAUGAAGUGGAUCCUUAUUUGCUGGGCACCUCAAGCAUUGACACAACCUGCACGAUCUGGGGUUUGGAGACCGGUCAGGUCUUGGGGAGAGUGAAUUUGGUGUCAGGCCAUGUCAAGACCCAGCUGAUUGCUCAUGACAAAGAGGUAUACGAUAUUGCAUUCAGCCGUGCAGGAGGUGGCAGAGACAUGUUUGCUUCUGUUGGUGCUGAUGGCUCAGUAAGGAUGUUUGACUUGCGACAUCUAGAGCACAGCACUAUUAUCUAUGAGGAUCCUCAGCAUCACCCAUUGCUCCGCCUUUGCUGGAAUAAACAGGACCCCAACUACCUUGCUACGAUGGCAAUGGAUGGCAUGGAGGUGGUGAUUCUAGACGUCCGAGUCCCUUGUACUCCUGUUGCCAGGCUGAACAACCACAGAGCAUGUGUGAAUGGCAUUGCUUGGGCACCGCACUCGUCUUGCCAUAUCUGCACAGCAGCGGAUGACCAUCAAGCUCUUAUCUGGGAUAUCCAGCAAAUGCCUCGUGCCAUUGAGGACCCAAUCUUGGCCUAUACAGCAGAGGGAGAAAUCAACAACGUACAGUGGGCAUCAACCCAACCAGACUGGAUAGCAAUUUGCUACAAUAACUGUCUCGAAAUCUUGAGAGUGUAAACACUGCUGGGCCAUAAAAGGAAAUGAAGCAGGACGAUCCCACCCCCUUCCCCUUCUAAAGCUGAGCAAAA